GGGGAACCAAACUCGUCUCAUCGUAACAGAUUCUGCAAUGAACUGACACUUCUGUAGUUUCAAGAUAAGAUUUAGCAUGCCUCUGUUUGCAUUGAAAUCCUUGCUGUUGUGUGUGCUGAUGGUUGGUGCGGUGUAUACCUGUAUGCUGAAGAAUUAUACUUUAUGGAUUGAGAAGCAAGACUGCACCCAGUGCGUGGCCAUCAACACUACUAUCUGCAGUGGCUAUUGUUACACCCAGGACACUAAUUUGAGGGGACGAUUUGGGAGGACUUUCUUGAUCCAGCGUAGCUGUGUUCCUCUUUCCUUGGUGUACCGGGCUGCCCAUAUUCCUGGUUGUCCCAAGGAUGUCAACCCACAGCUGUAUUAUCCCGCAGCCCACUGCUGCAGCUGUAGGCGCUGUGACACACGCACACACCGUUGCGUCCGGACCAGCCGUAUCCCUUAUGAUCAGUGCUUCACGACACUUGACAGUGUGAAGAAACAGACAGUCUGCUUUGGAAAUCUCACAAUAUUCCAAUACAAGCAGCAGCACGCUUGCACGGAAGUGAUUCAGCUAUUAAUGAAAAUGACUACGAGUGUUUCUGUGUGUUGA